GCGCUUUCCUUCCUGCGGAGCCCGUGGGACAGCGGUGACGGCAGCAUGACUUCGGCGGCGGUGGAAAUUUUGGGGCUGGGACUGGGCAUCCUGGGCUGGGUGGGGGUGAUCCUGGCCUGCGGGUUGCCCAUGUGGCAAGUGUCGGCCUUCAUCGACGUGAACAUCGUGGUGGCGCAGACCAUCUGGGAAGGGCUGUGGAUGAGCUGCGUGGUGCAGAGCACGGGGCAGAUGCAGUGCAAGGUGUACGACUCCAUCCUGGCGCUGCCGCCCGAGGUGCAGGCGGGCCGGGCGCUCACCGUCAUCGUGGCACUGCUGGGGCUGGUGGCGCUGAUGGUGACCGUGGUGGGCGCGCAGUGCACCAACUGCAUCCGGCCCGGGAAGAUGAAGUCCCGCAUCGUGAUCGCCGGCGGGGCCAUCUACAUUCUCUGCGGGGUCCUGGUCCUCAUCCCGCUCUGCUGGUUCGCCAACAUCGUCAUCAGCGACUUCUACGACCCCACCGUGCCGUCGUCCAAGAAGCGAGAGAUGGGGGCCGCGCUCUACAUCGGCUGGGCGGCCACGGCCCUGCUGCUCUUCGGGGGCUGCCUCAUCUGCUGCUGCUCCUGCUCCCAGCGAGACGAGACCUCCUUCCCCGUCAAGUACUCGGCGCCGCGGCGGCCCACGUCCAACGGCGAGUACGACAAGAAGAACUACGUCUGAGCGGGGCUGGCCCGCUCCGCGGCCCCGCGGGGCACGGACAGACGGCUGCGGCCCGGGAGCGUCUGCGGGGAGCUCCAGCGCUUCCCUGCCUGGAGGCUCUUCUUAACGGGGACCCCCGUGAAGCG